AUGCCGAUCCCUGAUGUGAGUUUUUCACCGCUCAUCGAGAUGCGUUGUUCCUUGGUAGUCAUUGACGACGUCGCACGCCUGCAACAGAAGAACUUCCCCCUGGACGUCGUCCUUGAAAUAAUGACCCAUGCAGAAAAUUGCACGAUCUCCCGUCUCAUGCGAGCGAACAAAUGGCUCAACUACCAAGGCUCCAAGAUCCUUCUCGACACCGAUCUUGUCAUCAUCAACACCAGCCAUGCCCUCGGUUCCUUGGCUCGGUUUCUGCAUGCUCAAGACGAAUAUCGACUCCCCCUUCUCCGCGGUCUGCAUCUCGCGAUGUAUCAAAUCAAAGGGGACGACGCCAAACUUUUGACUGGGCUUUUGUGGCCUCAAACGCGGACGUGGCGUUGCAAAGUGCGCCUCGUCAAGCUCGAGAUCCUCCACCUCGAAGCUAUUGCCCACGAAGGUCUCGCAGCCCUCGACAUGUUCGCCUCCCUCAAUACCAUCAAUAGCGUGCGGUUCGAGAAUGUAGGCCAUCUCGGCGCCGCAAACGUGCUGCGCCGCUUCAGCUCUCCCCUCACCGCGGCACAUAUCCUCUGGCGCUCGCAAUACGAAGACACCUCCGGCCCGUCGGCCUUCGAUCUGGGACACUCCUCCGCUACUCUGCAGACACUCACCGCGGAGUGGGCGGACUUCUCGGAAUGGAGCAACGUCAUCAUCGUGUACCCCAGGCUGACACAUCUCACUCUCGCGCACGUCGACACCAGAAUCACCGCCGACCUCGCAGAGGCGUACCCCAACCUGAUCGAACUGGACGUCUCCGCCAUUGACAUCCUGGUGGACGACCUUGAAGCCCUGAACGACCUCUACGCUCUCGCAAUCGCGUGCCGCAUCCGCGAGCUCCGCAUCCGGUAUAUGAGCCAGUCGUUCAACCGCGACUUUUUCAACAUCGUCCUGGACGACGCACGACCGUCCCACCUCAGCUUGGAGGAGUUCGGGGGCGACCUCUUCUCCACCGGCAUCGCAGAGACGUUCCGCGCGCCGAUCGCGGCGCAGGAGAGCUGGCUCACGACCGUCCCGGCGCUGUCGGGCCUUAAGGUCCUCAGUAUCGCAGUGGACUGCUGUCGCAUCAACGACCCGCUUUGCGACGGCGGGGGGUUCUUCGAGGCGCUCGAUCUAAUGGCGCUCGCGCGACGGUUCCGCGAGGCGAUCCCGGCUCUCGAAUUCGUCGAGCUCGCGGUCGCGGGGCUCUAUAGGUGCGAGCCAGCGGUGGUGCGCGAUGGUGUGCCGAGCGUUGGCUACGAGACGAGCGCGGUGGAGUCCGUGCUCCGCGACGACGCGCGGCGUAGGAGUCAGUACUUCACUUGGGUUGAGCGGGCCGCCUGGGCGCACGCCGCAGUAUUCUGUGGGCUUCAAAGGGCGCAUUGGGCGUGGGACGAGCCCCGCGGUCUCGGGGUCUCGCGUGACAGAAUGGGCGCAGAACCGCUUCUCCUCGACGUUCUCUUCCACAUCAUGGCUCAUUGCGACGACAAGACCAUAUCUUCGCUCAUGGCAGCGAACAAGUCGCUCAACCUAGAGGGCGCCAAGUACCUCCUUGACAGUCCGCGCAUCACCAUGAACACCAGCCGCCGACUCGACUCCUUAAUCACCUUCUUGUCUGCCUACAAUGGCUCCCGACUCGCGUUCUUCAAAGGGCUCGGCUUGGAGAUGAGGUCGCUCCCGAACACCGUCGGGACGCGUCUGGCACAGCUUCUGACGACGCACGUCGAUAAGCUCGCACUUACUUUGCUGCACAUCCCCCACCUCGACGUCAUCUUGGAACGCUGCCACACUCUGUCCGCCGCCUUCGCUGCAGUCACUACUCUCACCUAUAUCCGUAUCGGCGGCAUCGACAUCGUCGGCUCCGAGAUGCUACGCGCCUUCACCUCCAAACUCAGGUCCGCCGAUGUACACUUCACUGCGGUCUCGGAAACCAGCAUCGACGAGGGUUCCAGCCGAAUCAUUCGCGAACAAAAAGCGAGGACCCCGAUUCUCGUCCUCAAAAACUCCCAGUCCUCGCUCGCCGACUUGACGGUCGGCAUCGCCAACAUGCAGCGGAUCCAUGGGGACGACGCGUUCGAGGAGGUGUACCCUCUCCUCUACCGCCUCACGAUCCGAGAUACCCCGAUGCUCGGCGUACUCACCCGCACGAUGGCCCUCGCAUUCCCCAACCUGCAAAGCCUCUUUUUCAUCCAGCUCGCGAGGGCCAACGACGACCCCAACGCGGCCGACGCGCAGCACGAACGCAACGUCGCCGACCAGCUCGCCCACGGCUCCUGGACGUCCCUCAACACCAUUUCGGCUCACAUCAUGGACCUCUACAUGCUCAGUCCGACGUGCCCGGUGCGCAGGAUCGACAUCCUGGGCCCCGUCAUGCAGACGCGCGCCCUCCGCCGCGUCCUCAAGCACACGCGCACCGUCCACCUCUCGUUCGGACACUUUGAAGGCACGCUCUUCACGCCCGCACUCGCGCAGAUGCUGCAGAAGCCGUGCGCGGCGACCAUCCAGUGCCUCGAGGUCGUGUUCCGCGUCGGGUGCGGCCUCCCCGCCGAGCUGGUCGACGCGCCCGCGAUGUUGGAGCACUGGGUCGCCGCGAUCUGCGGACUCCCGCGCCUGCGCGUGCUCGCCCUCGGGAUCUACGGCGAGCUCCGCCCGUUCACGCACCUCAGCCCGAACGCGUGGGCGCCGUCCGCGGCGGAGCGCUUCCUGGCCGCGCUCGACCUCGACGCGCUCGCGCGCCGGCUCGCGGACGCGAUCCCGACGCUCGAGACCGUCGAGCUCGCGGUGACGGGCGUGCGCGGGCGGAGCGGGCCGGCGUCUGUGCGACGCGGCCCAGAGAGCAAGGAGUUCGAGACGCACGCGGUGCAGAUGGCGGAGAUGUUGGAGGAGAUGGAGUUCGAACAUAGAGGUCAAGGAGACCGCCAACGAUUGUCGGGUUGGCGGACCGACCGAGCUGGCCGAAGAUCGAGCGAUGACGUAGCGGCUUCUGAGUUCUCGCCCUCCGCGGCCGCUAGCGCUCAGCGCUCCAUGACCACGCACCAGCGUCUAUCGAUUAUCUCUUGCCCCGCUGCCUGCUCUCUGCCCACUACUCCUCGCGCUCUCCUCUUCCGAGAAGUCUGCAUAUUGAAUGCUUUCCAGGUCGGUGACGUCCUCGACAACCCUGACUUUGAUCCCUCGGAUGAAUACGACUUCCGCAACCCCAUACUCAAUCUACACAUCUAUCUGCACACGCUUCAGCAUUUGACAGCCGUGAACGCAGUGUUCCAGUUCAAGGGCAACAGUUCCCCCGUCUACGCCGACGUCUACCCCCAUCUAACGCAUCUCACCCUCACCAACGUCAACGCCCCGAUCACCGCCGCCCUCGCGCGCGCAUACCCAAACCUCACCGACCUCACGAUCGCCCUCCACCCCCACCUCUCCGAUGACCCCCAGGAUUCGUACAUCCUGCACGAGAUCAACUCCGAGCGCCAAGCCGCGCACGGCUCCUGGCCCGCCCUGAACUCGGUCACCGCGCCCUUCCGCGACCUCUACAUGCUCGCGAUCCCGUGCCCCGUCCGCGAGCCCGCGCGCCCGCGCCACCUCGCCUUCCUCCACUUCGACGGCGGCAUCUUCUCGGAGUACAUGGGGUACGUGCUGCAGGAGCCGCUCGCGGCGGGGGUCGAGAUCCUCGAGCUGCACUUCGACCUGUCCGGGCGCGUCCUCGACGCGGACGGGGUCGAGGUCGGGGCCGAGGAGAUGGUCGACGGCUGGGUGGACGCGAUCGCGGAGCUGCCCAAGCUGAGCAUGCUGGCCAUCGCGAUCGAAUGGUGCUUUGUGGGGGAAGCCGGAGAGGGGUCUGGAAGAGGCCCGUCGGAGGAGUAUUUCUUUACGCUCGACCUGGAAGACCUCGGCGAGGAGUUGUGUGACAGGAUCCCCACGCUGAAGACGCUCGGGCUCAGGAUGAGCGGGCUGCGCGGGCGCCUGCCGGCGUCGGUGUCACUGGCGCGCGAGUAG